AGCUUUUUAAAAAAAAAAAAAAAUCUGUCCACCUUUCAGAAAGCAGUCUGUGUGUGCAGACUGUGAACUCAGCAGCCCGGCCAGCCAGCACAGGGACCUCCCGCUAUUGUUUUGGGAGUGUGUGGACUGCAUGACUCAUACACUGAUGUAUUUAUCUGUCUCUGUGCCAGCCAGCGGGCAGCAGCCAAAAAAGAGAAAGGGAGAGAAACAUGUUGCUGACCAUAGGACAAGAUGGAGAACAGCAGCAUGGGACGGGCGUGCAGACAUGUUUCAGAUCCUCUGACUUGCAGUAACUCAGGCGCGUUGGCUGGUUUCAUCUGUCAGAGUCGGUUAAAAUCACAUCUUUUUGUUUUUGGCUUUCUUUGAAUAUCUGCCCCUCACGUGUUUCUGUUCGAAUCCAAACACUGCUGAGUAAUGGCUGAGCGCCACUGGUCUCCAGGACUGACCAUUGAACUUGCUAAUGAGCUCAGUGCAGGACUGGGGGGAGGAAGUAGAGGACGGAGCAGUCUACAACGUGACGCUGAAGAGGGUCCAGAUUCAGCAGGCGGCCAACAAGGGAGCGAGAUGGCUGGGGGCGGAAGGGGAUCGCCUGCCUCCUGGCCACACGGUGAGCCAGCUGGAGACCUGCAAAAUCCGAAGUAUCCGUGCUGGAACGCUGGAGCGACUGGUGGAGACUUUGCUCACGGCGUUCGGAGACAACGACCUCACCUACACGUCCAUCUUCCUCUCCACCUACAGAGCCUUCGCGUGCACGCAAACCGUACUGCAGCAGCUGCUCGACAAAUAUGGAAGCAUGGAAGAAAACGAGCAAGGCGCUGACAGAUGCCACAGCUCUGAAACCACCGGCGCCAUCAGAAACACCUUGGCUUCGAUCCUGCGUGCCUGGCUCGAUCAGUGUCCUGAAGACUUCCAGGAGCCUCCAGAUUACCCCUGUCUCCACAGGGUGAUGGACUACCUGCGCAAGGUUCUGCCAGGCUCAGAGGCUCUCAGAAAGGCAGAGGGUCUGCUGGAACAGCUGCAGGCUCAGGCCGGCAUGGAUGACACUGAUGCUGGUUUCCACAGCAACCAUUCAUAUAGCCUGGGGGAAGAGGAUGAAGCGGAGAUUGAGGUCCAGGAGGACUUCCUGUCGUUUGACGCCGACCUGGUGGCCGAGCAGCUGACCUACAUGGAUGCGGUGCUGUUCAAAAAGGUCGUACCCCAUCAUUGUCUGGGCUCUGUCUGGUCUCAGAGGGACAAGAAGGACAACAAGCACAGCGCUCCCACCAUCCGUGCCACCAUUACGCAGUUCAAUGCUGUCGCGGCCUGCGUGGUCAACACAGUGCUGAAGCACAGACAGCUCAGGCCUCACGUCAGAGCACGGGUCAUCCAGCGCUGGAUAGACAUCGCGCAGGAGUGCAGAAUACGGAAGAACUUCUCAUCUCUGCGAGCCAUUGUGUCGGCACUUCAGUCCAACCCUCUGUACAGACUGAAGAGAGUGUGGGCCUGCGUGCACAAAGACAGCGUGCAGACAUUCGAGGAGCUCUCCGACAUUUUCUCGGACCAUAACAACUACCUGACCAGCAGAGAGCUACUGAUGAGGGAAGGCACGUCAAAGUUUGCCAGUCUCGAGAGCUGUGCCAAAGAGCACCAGAAACGCACCCACAAGAGGCUCCAGCUGCAGAAGGAAAUGGGAGCGAUGCAGGGAACGAUACCGUACCUGGGGACUUUCCUCACCGACCUGACCAUGCUGGAUACGGCCCUGCCUGACCUAGUGGAGGGUGGUCUGAUCAACUUUGAGAAGAGACGCAGGGAGUUUGAGGUGAUCGCUCAGAUCAAGCUGCUCCAGUCGGCCUGUAACAGCUACUGUCUGACUGCAGACCCAGCUUUCCUGCGCUGGUUUAAGGGCCAGCCUCAGCUCAGCGAGGAGGAAAGCUAUGCCUUGUCUUGUGAGAUUGAAGGUCUCGGUGACAGCAGUCCGACUUUAACCAAACCUCGGAAAAGCAUGGUGAAGAGGCUCAGCUUGCUUUUUCUUGGAACAGACAGUAAUUCGGCCAGUUCUCCAGUCAGAGAGACGCCACGCUCGCCCCCUACUGGCAGCUCCGGAGAGAGCAUGGACUCGGUCAGCGUGUCCUCCAGUGACUCCGGCAGUCCGUCGGACAGCGAGGGACUCGCCACCCCGACUCACACCUCCGACUCCCAGCAAAACAAGCUAUCAGAAUCAUCCUCCUGCACUUCACUCCACUCUAUGGACACAAACUCCUCCACAGCCAGCGUCUCCGUGAUUCCUACAUCUCCCUCCUUCCCCGGGCCUUCCUGUAUGCACCGACGCUCCAUCUCCCUCACACCCCUGUCUUCCCCGAGUCAGACUCUCGCCUAUAACACCCAGGCCCAGGACGCCUGCAUCAUAAGAGUCAGUCUGGAACACGGCAACGGAAAUCUGUACAAGAGCAUACUGCUGACCAAUCAGGAUAAGACCCCAGCUGUAAUCGCUAGAGCAAUGGCAAAGCACAACCUGGAGGUGGAGCCGGAGGAAGGAUACGAGCUGGUGCAGGUCAUCUCGGAGGAGAGAGAACUGGUGAUUCCAGACAACGCUAACGUUUUUUACGCCAUGAACACGUCGGCAAACUUUGACUUCCUGCUGCGGGUGCGGGGCUCGGCAGGCCGGCCCGUGCAGCUGCGUAGCCGAUGUAGUUCCACGCUCCCGCGGACCCAGCACCGCUCGAGCCUCUCGCUUAGACUUAGCAAAGUCACGUUGUGACCCUGCCGUGUCACCACUAACCCAGGGCGAGACACGACGGAGGGUGGACAUAUAAUUGGAUGAGGAGCUCUCUGGGAUCCAGGGUGGAACCCUCCGGGCUUUCAGACUUUCCCUCUCAUCCCGAACUGUGCCAUUCCUCGCCCAGCCUUAACGUGAACCUUGGAUGUGGAUUAAACUGCUAAUGCCUGUGACAGAGUGAAACAGUGACCCCAAGUGGCCUGAACUCUUUACUACAACAGAUAUUUUUUGCACAUGUAUUGGGAGCACCAACCUCCUGACCUCCAACAGUAUUCUGAUAUUGAAUGAACUCCUUUAUGUCUUGUGACGUACAUGUAGCUCAAGCUUUACCUUUCUCCUAAUACAAGAGUGCUGAAUGCAGAGACAGAAGAUGGAGCAGUGAAAGAAUGAAUGAAUGGACCUCUAACAGUAUUCUGAAUGAUAUUAAUAAUUGACAGAAGCUGUGAUGCCUUUGGUUUCUCUUGUCAGACAGCUACGUGUGUGUGUUCUUCUCCAUAUUGUGAGCUGUGUGACGAAUGCAUCAUUUUGUGCAUUCUGAUUGGUUCCAGUACUUGGUUUUAUCAAGUCCUCUGCAAAUGCUGAAUUGCCUUACCUGCCCAAUGUUUUGGGUGUAAAGAGUGUUUGAGCUUCUUUCUAAUCUAGAGAGACUCUCAGAUCUACAAAAAACCCGAGUUGUACAAGAACAAAAAGGAUAAAGCGGAGUAUCGUACUGAAAUGGAAAGUAUUUGUACCUCUUUGCCCUUCAUUAUAUGAACUACAGAGUUGCACUUGACAGUUGGUAGCAGAUGCCAAUGGGAUGUGAAUAUGGGAGAGCGUGCAAACUGCCGCGUGAAGUAGUUUGCUCCCUCUUCACUAAAUGAGUUUCUUUUUUGUAAUUUUGUUGCUUUUUCUAUGCUUUUUGUAACACAGUUCAAGCCACACAUGUAUACCAGACUGGAGCAUUGCUAACAUACAUGCUAAUUGUGUCAGAGUGUCAUAAAUCUGGCGGGAUACUUCAUUUCAUUUAACGCCGUAAACGCCCAUCUGUUUGUCUGUUUCAACACAUGUCAGAAGCCUUCACACUUUCACUCCACCGCAGAUAAAAACUGAACGUCACGUGAAAAUGUUCCCAUUAAUUCAGCCUCGGUGUUUGUUCUCCACUGCCAAAGACUCUGAAUAAAUAAAUUAUUAUCACUAUUCUGACUCAU